AACAAAAAGGCUCUGUGGACUGACAUCUCAAGGUUCAUCAGCCGUGGACCUUUAUAUGAACCUGAAAGUGUUCUGUCUGUCUCUCCUUUUUGAAACCUACUGUUUCACUGAGUUUGAGAUUACUGUUCCUAGAGACACUGUCACUGGGUUUUACGGCGAGGCGCUGAUCCUCCCCUGCAGCUUCCCUGUGGACAGCUCAUGGGAUCUGAGAAGCACCCUCAUCCUCUGGCAGCGUGGACUGGAUGUUGUUCACAGCUUCUACUACAGUCGGGACCAGCUCGACCGUCAGAAUCCGCAUUUUGUCAACCGCACCAGUCUGUUCAUUCAGGAGAUGGCAAGAGGAAACGCAUCACUCAAACUGGACGAAGUCACUGUUCAGGACGCCGGCAUGUACACCUGCUCCGUCAGCACGAACACUGGCAGCCAGAAGAAGAGCUUUGGAAUGAAAACAGCAGAUGAGAGCGAGAGGCAAGGAGAGUCAGCACACAGAUGCCACCGUCAUGGAUUCAUAUUGAUCCCUAUUUUGCUGUUACUGCUGAUCGUGAUGAGUUUGUUUGUGUUAUUUGGAAAAAGAACAGAACAGAUCAAACAAGGUGGCUUUACUGAAAUGGGACUCCAGUCUGAAACCCAAAUUCUGAACGGAAAACAACCCAAUUUUGACAGAUGCAAAAUGUGAUGUAAGAUCACUGAAUAAUAUUUAAACUGUUUAAUGUAAAGCAUAGCUGUUGCAAAGAGAGCAUGAUCAUGUUGGUUUGCACUGCAAAACAUCAAGAAUAUCAGGCCCUGCCUAAUGGAGCAUGCUACAUAUUUUCUCAUCCAAGCCCUUGUCAUUUCUAGGCUGGACUAUUGUAAUGCUCUUCUGGCUAGACGUCUAUCAUGUGCAAUCAAACUUCUCCAAACGAUUCAGAAUGCAGCAGCACAGCUAGUCCCAACAAGCCCAAGAGAGCCCACAUCAGACCUCUCUUAUCUCCCUGCACUUGCUGCCGUUUGCAUCUGGCAUCAAGUUCUAGACCGUGAGUCUUGCAAAUAGAUCAGCCACAGGAUAAGCGCCCUCCACUUGCUCUUACGAGUCUACAGAAGCCUGAAAAUGAGAGACGCCUUGUGGUUCCAUUACAGAGGCACAAAAUCACUUUCCAGAAUUCUUUUCACUCUUGCUGGUGGAAUGAUCUUCCCACCCCCGUCCAGAAUGCAGAAUCCCGAUAUUUAAGAAACCAUCAAAAACUCAAUGUAUCCGCAUCCUGAAAAAAAACUUCCUUUUUGAUUUCACUUUAUUUUAAUUCCUCCCUGUUCUGUCUUAUACUUUUCUGAAAGAUGUCAGAAACGUUGUAUUACUUGAACUUCUCAAG